UUGCUCCGGCCCCGCCGCGCCGGCUUCACAAGCGGCAUACUGUUUGAACGCUGUGAUAAAUUAGUUAGCCAAAUUUUGUAUAAAUUUGAUCAAAAUGUAUUUUCUCUAUAUGUUAUUUGCCGUCAUCUUCUUAGCAUUUUACUCAGCAGUUUGUUUAACCAGAAUUUUUUGUGGAACCUUAUCCUGAAUGGUACGUGGGUCAACAAGUUCGUCGUGACGUCACUUUUGAUAAACAGAUCGGUGACGGAAAAGUGUUCGGAACACUCGGACAAAACGAUAAUUAAUGGACUCUUUGGUAAGGGUGGCUAUGAGCAUCAGAUCUUCAAUGAUCACCGCGGAACUCUAAACGCACAGGCGUACGGAACCCGCGUCCUUGGACCAGCCGGGGACUCCUCGCACCUCGGAGGAGCACUCAACUGGAAGAACCCUAACGCAGCCGCCUCCUUUGACAUCAGCAAACAGAUACAUGGUGGUACUUCAUAUCAAGCAGCGGCUGGUGGGAGAUGGCCGGUCGGUAAGAAUGGUGACUUCUCCCUCCAGGGAACGUACGGUAAACAGGCCUUCAUGCGCAGAGAAUACGGCGGUCUGGGUAGCUUUAACUACAGGUAA